CUGCUGAAAAAUGAACGUUAUUCAGGUAAUUCAGAAUUAUAUAGAAACAAUAGCAAGUCUGUCGAAGGGAAUGAAAAUAAUGCUUCUAGAUGCAUCUACGACUCCUAUGAUGUCUAUGGCAACGACUAAAUCGUUUCUUUUAAGCAGAGAAAUUUAUUUGAUUGAGAAAGUGUUAAGAUGUAUAUAUGGCAGAAUAUUAACAAAUGAUAGCCGUCUAGAGAAUUCUAAGAGAGAAAAUGUACGUCAUUUGACAUGCAUUUGUGUUAUUAAGCCAUGUUUUGAAUCGGUACAGCAUUUAUCAGAAGAACUUCGUUCACCAAAAUAUGGGCGUUAUUUUGUUUAUUUUACGAAUAUUCUUAACAAAAACUAUUUAGAAAUACUAGCGGCUUCAGAUGAUCAUGAAGUUGUACAAUCAUUACAAGAAAUUUUUGCAGAUUAUUUAGCAGUACAUUCAGAUCUAGCAGCUCUUUAUUUACCAAUUUCAACACAUAAUCUUUGGAAUAAGAGAUGGGAUACUUGGGAUUCAAUAGCAUUACAAAAGUCACGUGACGGAUUGUUAUCUAUACUAUUAUCAUUGAAGAAGAAACCAAUAAUUCGUUAUGAAAGAAACAGUAAUAUGGCAAAGGUUCUAGGUAAUGAAGUGAAGAAGAUGAUGGAAGAAGAAGAGCAAUUGUUUAAUUUUUAUCGUAUGGAUGCAGCGCCAAUUCUUUUAAUAUUAGAUCGUUGCAACGAUCCAGUGACACCAUUACUGACUCAAUGGACAUACGAGGCAAUGGUUCAUGAAUUAGUAGGAAUUGAGCAUGGACGUGUUGAUAUUUCGAACAUGAUCUAUGAAAAAAAACUUAAAGAAAUUAUUUUAUCUCCUGAACAAGAUGCAUUUUUCAAGGAAAAUAUGUACCUAAAUUUCGGAGAUUUAGGAACACGAAUUAAAGAGUAUGUCGAUCAUUAUCAUUCAAAAACAAAAUCGAAUAUCGAAAUCCAGAAUGUGUCAGAUAUGAAACGAUUUAUUGAGGAAUAUCCAGAAUUUCGGCAAUUAUCUGGAAACGUUAGUAAACAUGUAAUAUUGAUGAGUGAACUUAGUACUCGAGUAAAUAAAGAAUCCUUGCUAGAAGUUAGUGAACUGGAACAAAGCUUAGCAUGUAACGAUUCCCAUUCAACAGAUCUAAAAAAUUUACAAAAACUCAUCCAAAGUCCAAUUUCAAACAAUAACAAGAUUCGACUAGUACUUCUUUACGCUUUGCGCUAUGAAAAAAAUAAAAAUAAUACACUCUCAUCUCUUAUAUUAUCACUAGCACAAGCUGGUGUGACACCAAAGGAACUUUCUAUUAUCAAUACACUUCUCGAGUAUGCUGGAUCAAGUAAACGACUGGACAACUUAUACGAGUUAGAAAGCAUUUUUUCACGAGCAAGAAGUGGGUUUAAAGGAUUAAAUGACGUUGAAAAUGUAUAUACACAACAUCGACCUCGUUUACAAAACAUACUUACAUCUCUAAUUAAAGGCCGUCUCCGAGAACAAACCCAUCCUUGUAUCGAAGAAAGUACUACGUUAAAAGAAAAGCCUCAAGAUAUCAUUGUCUAUAUGGUUGGUGGAACAACCUAUACUGAAGCAAGAAUUGUUCAUGAAAUUAAUCUUUAUAUACCAGGUGUUCGUAUUAUUCUUGCAAGCGAUCACAUUCAUAACAGCAAGUCCUUUUUACAGCAAUUAAAACGUUUUAACACUACAAAAAUAAACAAAUAAGAUCAAGUCGCAUUGGACAAAGACCUUGUUAUUUUUAGGAAAUUUAAGAAAUAUAUUAAUAUAUCAAUAAC